GUUGCUAGGAAACCGCGCGACGGGAGCUCGGCCGUAAACUUGUCAAUGGGGCGUAAAAUGCCGUGAAGCCCGGCCUGUUGGGCCUGCGGGCGGUGAGAGUGACCGGGCCCGGCUCCCCCGCACUUAUAUGCCCCGUCCCCUGGCGGCCGCCUCCCCCUCCUGCUCCAUGUGGGGCCCGGGCCGGGGCCUCGGUGUCUCCCCCGCCUACUAUGGCCAGGAAAACAGUUAGCAGGAAGCGGAAAGCGGCGGCUGCCACUGCGGCGGCGCCCGGAGGGCUCCGGGGGGAGCAGUAUGGCUGGGAUCACUCAGCUCAUAAAAGGAAAAGACUCCCCCCAGUAAAAAAGUCUCUGGUGUACUACCUGAAAGGCAGAGAGGUUCGGCUGCAGAAUGAAUCCAGCUACCACCGUUUGUUGCAUGGAUAUGCAGCACAGCAACUUCCCAGUCUCCUGAAAGAGAGAGAAUUUCAUCUUGGGACCCUUAAUAAAGUUUUUGCGUCUCAAUGGUUGAACCACCGACAAGUGGUGUGUGGGACAAAAUGCAACACACUGUUUGUGGUAGAUGUCCAGACUGGUCAAAUUACGAAGAUUCCUAUUCUGAAAGACCGAGAACCUGAUAUGGUAAACCAGCAGGGCUGUGGCAUUCAUGCAAUUGAGCUGAACCCUUCGAGGACACUCUUGGCUACAGGAGGAGACAAUCCAAACAGCCUUGCGAUUUAUCGUCUGCCUACACUUGAUCCUGUCUGUGUGGGAGAUGAUGGACACAAAGACUGGAUAUUUUCUAUUGCCUGGAUCAGUGAUACUAUGGCUGUUUCUGGUUCCCGGGAUGGCUCGAUGGGUCUCUGGGAGGUGACAGAGGAUGUGCUGACUAAAAGCGAUGCCAGGCACAACCUCUCUCGAGUCCCUGUCUAUGCUCACAUAACACACAGGGCACUGAAAGAUAUCCCCAAGGAGAACACCAAUCCAGACAACUGUAAAGUCCGAGCACUGGCAUUCAACAAUAAGAACAAGGAGCUAGGAGCUGUGUCCCUGGAUGGGUACUUUCAUCUUUGGAAAGCAGAGUACACGCUAUCAAAGCUACUUUCCACCAAGUUGCCAUACUGCAGGGAGAAUGUGUGUCUGGCCUAUGGUCAGGAGUGGUCAGUGUAUGCAGUAGGAUCUCAGGCACAUGUCUCCUUUCUGGAUCCAAGGCAACCUUCCCACAAUGUUAAAUCCGUCUGUUCCAGAGAACGAGGCAGUGGUAUUCGGUCAGUGAGCUUUUAUGAGCACAUUAUAACAGUGGGAACAGGGCAGGGUUCCUUGUUGUUUUAUGACAUCCGAGCCCAAAGGUUCCUGGAUGAAAAGCCCAAUCACACCUGCCGUGGACAAAAACAGAAACUAGGAGGAAGUGAAAUUUUAAAGUUGACGACCGGGAAAGGCUGGCUUAAUCAUGAUGAAACCUGGAGGAAUUACUUUUCUGACAUUAACUUCUUCGCAAAUGCUGUUUACACCCACUGCUACGACUCGUCUGGAACGAAACUCUUUGUGGCAGGAGGCCCCCUUCCAUCAGGACUCCACGGGAAUUAUGCUGGUCUCUGGAGCUAAUGAGAACUCUUCCCAAAUGCCCAUCUUUACUUUGUCUUUCCUUUUUUAACAAAGAAAUUGUGUGAUGACAUUGUUUUCUGGUUUAAAUGCAAGUUAUUUUUGGCAGAGUUUUCUGUUGGUCUUCAACAGUUUUGUACAUCUUUUUUUGAACCAGAUUUUGCUUUAACUUCCUUGAUCCUUUAUAUGAAGGGUUUUUUUAAAUCCCUUUUUAUUGUAUUUACUCCAAAUGACUCUUCCCUAUAUAGGCUAACUACAGCCAUAUGCCCCCUACUUUGCUGUGAGGUAGGAUUCCUUUCUUAGAGUGGUUGCUGCCAGGCUUUCUGUGAAAGUCCAGGGGCUGUGUGUAUGCAGGUACUUUGUGUCGGUUACAUUAUCUGGAGUGAGGACUACUUGUAAUUAAAAAUAUUAAAAAUAUUUAUGAGAUAAGCUACUACUUUAUCUGCAGAGCCUGGCUCAGGCCUGGCUUGAUUUUAUUUUAUUUUUUAAGUACAAGUCUAAUGACACAUAAAGGAAAGUAAAUUGAAACCAAACUUGUUGGAACCCAGGGACAGAGUACCACCAGGAACAUCUUCUCUAGCCCAGAGUGUAGCAAAGACGCCAAGCCUGGCAUCCCAGCAGUGCAUGAGCAAAAUUACUGUUUCUUGUUACCCCUUCUCUCUCUAUUCUGAGUGUCAGUUUGCAGGGUUGUUGGAGCUACAGAGUAGGCUGCCCACACUGCAGCGGGGGUAUUGUGUGACAUGACAGCUGUUACGAUGGUGGAAUGUGGCUUAUUGGGGCACUAAGGGAAAUGGCAUCCCAGGAGGAGAGAGAUUUGCAUGGUGGCUAACUUAAUUCAAUCUGAUUAACUUCCAGACCAGCUGGGGGUCAUCUGCGUGGCUGGGGCUAGAUGGCAGGGAGGAGCCAGGGCCCAGGUACCUGGAGUCUGCCUAAAGACACAAACCUCUCUCAGGCUGGAGAUUCCCCCCGCCCACCUUGUAGUUCUCCUGCCAGCAGUGAGUAAUGUUGGCAGGAAUGGUCCUUUCUAGCCAGUUACUGGUAUUAAAGUUGGUGGGCAGGGGGAUGUUACACUAAUAUUUUCAUAUUGUUUCCCUCCUGGCCUUUGGAAGGAGGGUGUCAUAUACAGUUAGUUGAUGCUAUUAGCAAAUACAGUUGUCGUCGUCUUCUGUGACUGUAGGCUCUAAUUUUUUAAUUUGAAACUUACCAGGUAGCUAGACUUCCUGUUCAACUCAUCAUGUUAAGAAAAGCAUAGGCUGUCACUUGGAUUUUAUGGGAGACUCUUUUUUUUUUUCUUUUCCCCCCCUCUGAGCACCUAUCUUAUUAUUCAGUCCAGCCUUGGAUUUCACCAGGAGCUGUGGGUGCAGGAUGACAGUCUGGAUACGCUUAGCGAACAAAAUACAGGCCCAGUCGUGGAGGGAUUGUGCAUUUCUGGUGAGGAAAAAGUGGUCUUGUGGCUAAAACACAGGGUUAACCAUUGGACUCCUUGUUUCUCUUCCUGGCUCUAGCUUCUGUUGCCUGUCACUUCACGUCUCUGUGCCUCACUGUGCUGAUUUGUAAUAUGAGGUUAACAGCAUGCGUGGCACCUGAGGUAAUUUCUAACUUGAGAUUAUCAGACGAAAGACAUGGUAGAAGUGCAGGUUCCCCCCCACAUUCUGAUUGCACGUCAGGGGUAAGGAAAGCUUGUCCCAUAUGCACACCUGGAUUUAAAGUAUAGGUUACUUAAGCUAAGGCCUGACUUAAUCACUUUGCAAACCAAGAAACUUUAUUACUGCAUUCCAAACUUCUGCUAGUGGGUUCGUUGCUUAAAAUCUGCAUCAAAGCAAAAAUGUAACGUUAAAUAUGGUUUUAUUACGCAGUUUCCAAGUAGUAGCAGUUAAGCUAUAGGGCUGUAAAUGAAGUAGUUCUCUCAGAACUUCCGUUGUUUAAACUGAUGUAAAGAUUCUAAGUAUUUUUAUACUGUCACCAGUCGCUGUUCCAUGGUGGGAACAUGUUGCUUUUGAGGUUUCUUUUAUGAAUGUGUGGCGGGGCAGAGAUAUAGCAUUUGACUCUGUCCAGAAAUAUGCAAAGGAAAAUAAAUAUUUAAUCUACAUGAAAUAUGGUGACACCAUCUCUGUGAAGGAGUAGUCUUAAAUCCUGUCUAAGAUCACUCUCUUCUAUAGAUAGGUUCUGCAUUCUGUUGGGGGGUGUUUUAUUCCCAGGCAGGUCCUGUUGUUUGGGGUCAGAUUUGCAGAGGCACUGAGCACUCAGCUCCAGCUGACAUCUCUGAGAGCAGAGCUCAGCUGUGUUAAAGUGGGUCCACAAUGUUUAGUAACAUUUUAAAUUUUUUUAAUGCUGAAGGAAGCCUUUUGGUCUUGAAAUCUAACCCCCUUUAUAGUUAGUCGUGUCAAUUUGAAACUCAUUUGUUUGUAGCUUUGACUCCUUGGGGAAGUUGUUCUCUCCAGAUUAUUUUGAGCAUUGUCCAAUGUAGAUGUGUUGGUGUUAAGGGGACACCAAUUUAAAAUUAGUCCGUUUCAUUGUGGGGGAAGGGGGACGUGGAGAUGGUGUAGUUUCAAGUACUCCACUUGCUCCUGAGCCUUCUGCCAGUGCUUGUCGUCCUUUUGGUGACUGUUUCCUGCUCUGGGGGGGAAAUUUUUCCCUUACAUGAAAAGCCCAUCCAAACAAGGUAACUGAAAUAUACACCCAGUGCUGUCCAAUGCAGAAAGAAAACUGGGAAAUACUUUUCUUUAUCCUAGUAAUCCUGUGCUGCUUUUAACAGUAAUAGAUGAUAAAGUUUCAGACAAGUGUUUUAAGUAGAUGUCCCUUUAAGAUGGGAUGCCUUACUGUGGUAUGAUCCUGAAUCUCCAAAGCCAAAUAUUUCUUUUGAUCCACUGAGCAGUUCGGGAAACUGAGGCUGGGAGGGGAAGUGAUGUGCCAAGUGUCGCACGGUAAAUCCGAAGUAGAAACAGGGAAAGAGUCUAGGGUUCCUGAUUGCUAGUCUCUGCCUGUUCCGUUGCACUAUGCUGCCUCGACCACACCGUUUUAGAUUUAAAAUUGAAAUACCAGAACCUGGCGGGGUGGAUAGCAGCACAUGGGGAUCCAAAUAUGGGUGACUGGUUUGCUGGCACAGCAGUGUCACAGCAGUGGGGAGGCUGUGAGCCCAGCCAUAGAAGUGGGUGUGAAGACACAGCUCCCAUCUCUCAAGCAACAGUAGAGAAACCCUAUUGGGGGUGAAUCUGGCCGCCUGACUAGAUUUCAAUAGCUUUAAAAUAGGGUACAGAAACCCAGUGGUGGUCUCGCUUUGUUUGUUGACUAGCUAAUUUUCUCAAGUGCUCAAAGUCAGAUAUCCCUUGUGACUUUUUUUUUUCCUCAGAGUUGCUUUGAGGGAAAGAAGGUUCUUAAGGAUCAUUAAGACAGGCAUUUUUCUGAUAUUUGACAUUAUAUUAACAUGGUCUCCUGUUUGCAUUGUAAUGUCUCAAGCAGUUUAUUUUAUCAUCCAGAACUUUUCAUAAGGCUGCUAUACAAAGCACGGUAUCCUUGAAGCACCAUAUGCAUUUGUUCUAACGUAGAAGCAGAUUAAUUAUUUAACAGUGAUGAACCCAAUAGUAGCCAACUCAUGAGUACUGAGUGGCAACCCUACAGCAGCUAGCCAGUGUGCUCAUGAUGAGAGAGAACCAAUUUCCAUUUCCUUUUCCUAAACUGUCCAGCUUUUUCCGCCUUCAAGUUCAACAUUAUUCCCCCAGGCCAUUUUUCUAUUAACCUUCCAACCUUAGUCCAUCAUCUCACAGUCUGUUCUGCCAGCCAAGGAAGCUUGACACAGCUCUCUGCAGUAUCACUCUGAGAGAGCUAGAGGCCAUGUUAGACCAAGCAGCCUCCCAUUAGAGGCUCAGCGUGUUACCACCCCAGCACUCCCAGCUCAGGAGAGCCACAGACCAAGCUCAAGUUUCAUUGAGAUUCAUAGUUUGUGUUAAUUCUGGGCCAGUUCUAGUGGUGCUGAAGAUAGAUAGCAUAUAUAUUUCUAAGCUAUUUAAAAAACCCACUUAAGACCGGUCCAAUUCAACACCCAUUGAGGUCAAUGCAAAAAUACACUAUCGUAAUAAUCAUUGACUGGCAAUUUUCAUACCUUCAGGUGUGAGUCACUUCCAUCUAAACCUUGCUCCCUGAGGUGCUGCUCUUGUGAGAAGUUUGUAGCUGCAAAGUCCCAGAGAAGACUUGUAUUUUUCAGAUGCCCAUCUUUGCAGUGGUGUCAAAGAAGCUCUGAGAGCGACUCAUCUCAAAUUGCAUCUCCAUCUGAAAAUGCUGCAUCUGUUGUCAAAAGUAACUGCAGGGCUUCCUAAAACAGAGAUCAAUUUAUUUUUGUCAGAUUGUCAUUGUGGAUUUUACAGCAAUUCGUGGAGGGUUGGUUUCACUGUGGUGUUGGUGGUCAGUUGCAUCACUCCCAUGUCCUAAUCUUAGGGCAGAGGAGAGGAGAGGGGAAGGUAUUCACACUCUGCUCUGGGGCAGUUUGUGCAUGCCGUUCUCCUGGGUCUGCAAGGAGCAGCAGCAUAGGGGCAGGCAGGAGUGUGUGCAGAAAGGAGGGCAGGUUUGGUGUUGCUCUCAGAACCACCCAGAAGUUCUAUUUAAAGGAGAAACUUAAGUUGAAAUUGUCCCUUUGUGUGGAAUCUAUUCUGGCUGUUUUCCAUGUGCUGGAAUAUAUUGCUUGGGAAUUAGGUAAUCCUUGUAGCUUCAUCUGUGCUGGGUCUCCUCAUCAGAACUGGAUACUUAAAAAUCCUGUAUUGGAUACUUAUACAAAAACAAAAAAACCCACAGUGUUUUCAAGAGUUGUCUGAGUGGAACCUGGUCUGUUUUGUCCCUAGACUCCAGAGGCCUUCAGAAGCCAUUUUUCAACCUCCUCUCUUCUAGCUGUAUGCUGGGACCUGUAGUUCCGGCAGGACAUUCAUAUGUAAAACAAAAAUGCUGUGGCUGGCUGAGCUGUAGGCCCCAUCUGACCAACUGGGUAACGGUAUUGACUGUAUACAAAUUGCCACAGUACUGGACUGAAAUAAAAUACAGGGCUAUGUAAAACACUUGGAGACAUGUACAGUCUCCUGUCUGUAACCCCUUCAAACACUGAUUCUCUGGUCUCAAAAGGAAUAUCUUGGAGAUGAGCAGAUUCUAAAAAUCAUGAGCUUUCUAUAGAUUUCCUUAAUUAGAAGGGAAAUUUCAGGUGCUGAAUCUUAAAUCUCAUUAAACUUGUACUUUUUGUUUACCUGCUCACCUGGUUUCCUCUCCUAUUAUGGCCUCCUGCAGUCUCAGGGUAUAUAAAUCACUAUGAUUCAUCCAAAUAACGAAAAGGACCAAUCAGAGGUUAACGUGCCUUUCUCUUAUGGUACCUUGAUCUUUGUAAAGUUAUCUGACAGAAACUCAUUGCUGUCUUUUUCUAAGAUGUAAACAGUGAAGUUGCAACAAGUUUGUAUCGUGGUGACUUUUUUUUUUCAUUUGACAUUCAAGAAUAUGGGAUAGACACAAAUCAAAUGCACUGAUUUUUGUCUUGGGAUGAGUCCUUGCACAGACAUCAGUGCUUACAUGUUUGGUAAUAUGUACAUAAGAUGCUGGAUCUUCCCCACUUGCCUGUGAUGUAUGUGAUGCACAAACAACGCAGGAUGUUUAAAAUAUGUGGGGAUCACAACUUGUGGCUUGGGGUUAAGUUGUCUUAAAGUGAACUGUAGUUCUUUUAAAAUGUUUUUCCAAGUAGACCACACUUCAUAGACUUAAACAUCCAAUGCAUUGAAAAUAACAAGACUUCUGUCACUUGCCUGCUUCCGUUUUAAAUUCAGGACCCAAUGUUUCUUUGGCAUACGUUGCUGUUGUGCGCACGCAUGCACAAAACAAUUCUCAGUAUGAUUUAUAGCAUCAACUAUUUUGAUACAGUGCACAAUCUUGAACUUGCACCUAAGCAGUUAAACGAAGGGAGUAGAGGUUUUUCAAAUGUUCUGUAGUUCAUGUGUUUAACUUGAGGGCUAAAUGUCUAAAACUGUCCAUGCAAUUUGCAAAUUAAACAAUGAAAACUUGCAGACUACAUGCAGAAACCAACUUAUUUGUAUGUGCAGCUCAGUGUCUAGAAAGUUAUCCUGUAAACAGCUGCUCUUCUCUGAAAAAUAACUUUUAAAAAGAAAAAGGCUUUGUUGGUUGGUUUCUCAGUGACUUCCAAUGUGCUGAAUUGGAGUACAAAUAUUACUUUUCUAACUACCCUGCAAAUUCAAUAUGAUCUGAAGUUCAAGCUGGGUUUCUUCUUGUGUAUCACUAAUCCCCAUUGCUUUCAGUGAGUUUGCAAAUGAGUCACUGAUUGGAACUUUAGCACAAAAAUUCUACUGAGCCAGAUUGUCACUCCCUCUUUUCUGUUAGCCCUACAGAGCCAGCACAGCUGUGUCAAUGUAUGGUCAUUAGUCUUUGGAUAUAAUGUGCACAUGCCUAAAAUGGAGUAACCUAGAGAUCUUAUUUAGUGUAGCUUUUGGCCCUGCUUAUUCUCAUUGGAUCCUACAGAGCAGACCUAAUCUGACAUGUUUUCUGGUUUGUAUUCUUUAGCGGUUUAACUUUUUCUCCAUUCUUUCCAGUUCACCUUUAAGAAUAAAUUCCAAACUUUUGUCUGGUCUGAAAAAUAUUAAAAUAGUUUGUACUGAAAGUUGUACGAAAAAUACUGGUUGCCCCUGAGUAGAAAGACCACUCUGUGCUGUGUCUUAAACCUGUUGCUACCUAGCUGCAUGUGAAAUGACAAUUCCUGCUUUUUUGGCAACCUCUACAGAAGCUGAAAUUCUAACAUCCAGAUUUCAUAAAGCAGUGGUCAGUAAGGUGGGAAGUGAUGGCCCACUGUCUGCAAUCUGAGCAGCAGGGAAACAGCUAACAAUGUUGUCAUUCCACUUUAGAGUUAACACCCCAUUGGAGUACUGUAGCGGGUACAUCACACUUCCAAGCUGAUUGCUGGUUCCUUCUGGUUACAGCACAGGGCUUUUUUCACAACUGUAAUGGCUAGAAUUACUUCAAAAAAAAAAAAAAAAAAAAAAGGCAGUUUCUUGCCCUAAUUAAUGCGGGGGCGGGGAACACUGCUGCUGGGACCGUAUGGUUAAGUGGCAGGCACGUAUUGCGCAGUUUGUCCAAGGGGAAUUCCACAUGCCUGUUACUUUAGAAGACAAGCAACUAUUUUAAUACGCUUGAACAAUGAAGGUCUGUGGGUUUGGCUGCAGCUCUUCAUCAUCCCUUAUCUGACAGUCGGUUACAACGCCUAGAGCUUGCCUGUGGAAAGUGGCUGGCCUUCUAUCUUCAGAGAUGCUGUGUGAAGAUAGAGCGGGAAAGCACCAGUUUUUCCAUUCAUUGUCAUCAGCCUGCCACCCACCCCUUCCUCCCCAGGCUCCUACUGCGCUCGAGCUUUCCAGCCUUUUCCCUGACUUGGGAAACUGCUUCAUUUCUGGGGUGCUGAGGGGCAGCACUCUGCGCACUGCUGGCGGGCCAUAGUGAAGAGGGCCCUUGUUUGUGGCUUCCUCCGCUUGGCUCUACCUAUUGAUCCCUCAUUACCUCUGGGUGCAGGGGAUGUAGAAUUCCAGUUGGGACUUUAGUACUUCAACUGGCUGCUUCCCUAGGACUUCACAGAACACAGCAGGGGCUAGUCCCCUUGCUCAGUUUUCCUGUUCACAAAACAGCCUGCGGCAGGCUCUGUCCCUCUUGUUCUUCCACAAGUUUUGUUUCCAUCAUUCAGCCUUUUGUCCCAGUCACUCUUCUGUGGACUCCAGCAUGUUCCAUCAUGGCUUGCUAACUUGGGCCCCUGUUCAGCAGAAAACCAGGUUAUGUGCUUACGCCCUGCUGAAGCUGAUGAGACUUAAGCAUAUACUUCAAGCCCUUAUGUACUUUGCUGGAUCAGAACUUCUACAGUUUGAUUCCCACCUUUCUCUUCCUCUCUCUUACCCAGCGCUGGGUGUUUCCCUAAAUUGGUCUCCUUCUCUGAUCUGGAGGGCUGUUCCCCACUCAUUCCGGCUCUGUAAAUGAAUUAAUUCCUGCACUGCUGGCUAUCUAAAUCUGGUUGUUUUUUACUUUCCACCUUCUUGAUCUGGGGAUGACUGCAUAUGUACAAUGUCUACUGAUUCCCACCCUCAGCUCUCCUGACGUGCUUUUGGGACCUACCCUGUGAGGCAUUGAGGUUACUUGUUUCCAUUAUGUGCAGAAGAAAACUUCUUCGAUGAAAAUAAGCCUUACGGGGGAAAACAAGCUUUGUAUGCAGAGAACUGGAAAGGUACCUCUAGUUCAAGUAGAUGAGGGAGCAGUUUAAAAUAGUCUUAAUGGAAUAAGAACAGAGGUCCUGAAUUUUGUUUAAAUCCCUUCCACUGGAGGUUCAUGACUCAGAUUCCAAAUCCAUUGAAUGUUGCAAUGUACAUCACGGUUAUUUCUGAUCAAUGCAAAGUGUGCCUCUUGGAUUUCCUUAAGUAUAAUGAAAAGGUCAGUCUGUUUCACUUUGUGUCUUCAAUGCAAGGAGUUUAACUGAAGACUGAUUUUAUGUGAUUCCUGGUAUUCAGUGUUAACAUCCAUAGAGCAGUCCUCGCUGGUCUUUCUUGAGCAGCAUGCAGUGCUAUCUCUCGCCGUUUGAAUGCAAAAUAAGGGGGUAUCAGUAACAAAUGGAACCUGCUGGGCUUUCCUUGUGUUAAGGAGAUGAUUUAAGUUAAGGUUCCAUGUGUUUUUAUUAAUUUUAAACCCACUGCAGUUACUCUACAGGUCCAGCACCACUUUCUUUCUCUACUUUUAAUGCGGGAUCGCAAAAAUAUGAAUCCAGCAACAUGUGAUCCCCGCUGGCUUGCUUGCAUAUUUUUUUGCGGGAUGAGGUGUUUUUUCUUGUGUGGAAGAAUUCAAACCGGCUGCAAAGAUUUGGUGACUGUCCCAAGUCCGCUUCCUAAAUGCAGUUGAGUGUUUUGGGCUUCUCUUCAGAAUGUAAGAGGAGAGCAGUUAAAGUUGGGCGAUAACUGUGACGGUUUUAGGUCAUCAGUGUGUUGCCUGUUCAUAUGGACAGCGCAAUGGGAGUUUGGUUUGCAAGUUGAUAUCCUUGUAUCGAUCAAGGAAUAAAACUCAUAAUUCCUGGUUUGGGGAGAUUUGUGAAUAGAUUCAUCUCCAAAUCAAAUUAAGAGGUUAAUUUUCAAUCUCACAUUAACCGGGUUACUGUGUCCACAAGCCAGAAAGAUGUUGCUCUUGGAAAAAGCAUGUUAGUGUAUGUGGCAAUGACCAGUGCACUUUUUAAUACAUAGAUCUGUACAUUCUCAUCUGAGUGUUAACCAUUCUGUAGUCUGACAAAUGGAUCUUUUACUACUGCCCUGUUAUAUAGAAUAAUUGUAACUAACUGCAGUUUGUUUUUUCCACUACUUGAAGUUGUGUGAACUGAAAUUGGUGAACAAAAGUAUUUGUGCAUCUUAAUAUGGAUAUCUCUAAAUAAAAUGUAUUUGUAUAGUG